AUGUUUAACGCGCUCAAUCGAUUCAUAUCUAGACUAGACUCUGACAGUCCGGCUCAGCAGUCAAACCAUGGGCAUUUUGGGUUCCAAGUACUUCGCAAUAAGUCGCCUGAGCUAGGAAUUGAGCCAUGGUUUGACUUCAUUGUUGGUAUCAAUGGAAGGAUGAUAGAUGACUCGGAUCCAAUGCUCUUCAGCCAAGAAGGUCAACGUACAAGAACUCUUCACAUCCCAAUACCCAUCGACCAGCCAACCCUCGGCUUAACAUUACAAUGGACUUCCCUCUCAGCGGCCUCAAAUAUUUGGCAUAUCCUAGACGUUCCCGCCAAUUCCCCAGCAGACGUCGCAGGUCUGCUACCUUAUAGUGAUUACAUUCUCGGCACACCAGAAGGUGUUUUACAUGGCGAAGCAGGCCUGGGCGAACUGGUCGAAGAUCAUAUCGGUCGACCGUUGCGCUUGUAUGUAUACAACAAUGAGUAUAACGUCACUCGAGAAGUUACCAUCCAUCCAAGCAGGGAUUGGGGAGGAGUAGGGGCUUUAGGGUGCGUGUUGGGUUAUGGGGCUUUGCACCGAUUGCCAGCACCGUUGAGCGAGCCCUUGGCAGGUCCAGGAGAAACGCUCUUCGAGACAGAAAAUGCACGAUUCUCCAAUGAAGAGAACAGACCAUUAUCUGGGGCACCCGAUAGUCAGUUCUUCGUACCUGCAGCAGCAGCCACUCCUUCUGGAGACUUUCUAGUGCCAGCCACCUUGGUUGGACCACCUCAAGGGGGAACACCAGCCAAGAAAAGGGAUAAAAGGCACGGCCACAGCCCGAAUAAGGUGAUGUUGGAUGACUAUUUUAUGGAAGGAGAAAAGAAGAGCAGAGAAUUGGAUUAUGCACCCAGCGCGAAGAGUACGCCUCCACCACCACCACCAAAAGCGGGAGGUCCGCCUAGAGCUGGGCCUCCCUCAAGAACAGAUACACCUACCGUUGAAAGCGUUCCGGAUACCCAGGCCUCAGUUGAUGGCAGUGUAGAUUAA